AUGGCGACGAACAGUACCAAGGUCUGCUACACGCCCAACGGAGCCGUUUGGGAGGGUGCCACGCCAUGCAACCAGACAGCGGACGAAAGCCAUUGCUGUGGAGUAAACGAUUUCUGCUUGAGCAACGGGCAUUGCUUGCAAGCUGAAGGCGCAUACGCGAAUCGCAUCGGUCGUGGGACAUGUACGGAUUCGUCAUGGCGGAGUGAGGCUUGUCCAUAUGAGUGCAACGACAUCCGAACAGACCAAGACUGCGCCCUCCUCCUCGCCUACGAAACACCCGAUGGCUCCUUCUGCUGCGAUCGAGGCUUCAAUACCGAGACGCAAAGUUGUCCCACUGCCAGUGGAAAGUUUGGCACAACGCCUUUCAAUAUGACUCUAGGAAGAGUCAUCUGGAAUCGCACAGACGGAUCUAUCAUGCAGAACGGAACACUCCUCCCAUCACAAGUCCAGCUCUCCGAAGCCCAGACGACCGUCACCCUCCGACCAUCACCUUCAUCUUCAGCAACCUCAAACUCCAACGACGUAACCGCAGUAGCAGCCGGCAUCGCCGUCCCCCUCGGCAUACUCCUCCUCGCCAGCCUAGCGACAAUCUUCUUCCUCUGGUCGAAACUCAAGAACCUCAAGAAACAAAUUCAGAAAAGCGAUACCCCAUACGACGGCGCUUCGGGGUACAAACCCAUCGAUAUGCACUCUCUGACACCGCAAAAUGGGGCUGCUACGGAUCCAUACACGGCUUUGCCGAAGUAUCAGCGCGACCAAUACAUGCAUCAGGCCCCGGUGAACGAGGCGCCUGUGGAGAGGGAGCUUGUGGAGGCUGAUGCGAGGAUGCCUGUGCAGGAGUUAGGGACAUGA